ACCGAGGCGGACCGAGAUUUGGGCGAGGUGGACCGAUCCGCAGUCACUUCCAAUCCCACAUCUUACCAUUCUACUCUCUCCCUCCGGCUCCAGCUCUCACUCACUUUCUCCAACAAAAUCCCUGACUUCUCGUCCAACGCAUCUCAGUCUUCCCCAUUUCCUUCGUCUUUGACCACAUUCGUCUUGUCAGCUCAACUCUCUUGUCUCGGCUUGAUUUCCGUGUGACACAUCGUCCUGGUGCUGACGACUAGCAUGUCCCAACCCACCUCCCACAUUACGCUAACACCUAAAAUACCUGAAAAAGCAAUACUCGACUUCCUUGAUAUUUAGCUCUUGUUACACAAAUCUAAAAAUUCUCACAUUCCCAACAAUCCAGCAUCAUAUUCAGGAUGUAAAAAAGUUCAACGAAGAGCGUUGAAAGUUGUUUAAAAGUUAGUCGACUACAUAUAUCCAUUGAGAUACGGUGUUUGAGCUGGAGAGACCAACAACAAAAACCAUGUUUCUCAUACAAAAAUAUACUCAAUACAAAGCUGCUCAAGCAGAACAGCAGAAGAGAAAGGUGACGGAGAAAGAGUUGGCUCAACUGAACCAUAAAAUAGACAAGCUGCUUUCAAAACUGGACGAACAUGAAUCUGAAACUGCUGAUACACAGGAUGACGAGUGCGUCGUAUGUGUAAACGCAAAGGCUACAAUGCAAACAUAUCCAUGUGGUCACAGGGUCGUGUGCAGGAAAUGCUUUGUAAAAACGAUUCAAAUGGCGGUAGCUCAACGUCUCUUGCCUCUUCGUUGCGUAGUUUGCCGAGCAAAAAUCCUUAGAUUAAAACACGCCUGCACCGGACCUUUGCCCUCGUCUGCGUCACAAUAUACGAUUGGAAGCCAGUGGUAUCACGUUCCUUCGGCAUCUCUCUAUUCCGUUUCAUCUACAAUGUCCGCAGUUUCUGGAAUUUCAGGAGUCUCUUCUGCCAGUUCUUGCAGCUCUGGCUCUUCAUAUAAAACCUGUGCUUCCAGUUUUUCUUCCGCGUCUCUCAAAAAGAGGUCUUACACCAAACAGGGCUACCAACCACUCAGAACAUCGUCCCCCUCUCCAUCACGUAGUCCUACGCGAGGCUCUGGAAUUUCUACCAAGUUUACACCUCCACCACCACCAUCAGGUAAACCCAAAGAAGAACAAACAAAGUGCAAGUCCCCAGAAAACAUGGAUGGCUCCGAGCUCCCCGUAACCACCACAAAUAACCAGAACGUCACGGGAAAGGGAAAACUUUCUCUAAUUCAAGAAUUCCAAAGGGAGUUUCGCAACGGAAAAUCAAAAAUUGCGAACGAGCGGAAAGGAAGUGCUGGAUCCCAGAGAAGCGGAAGUGGCAGCACGAGAAUAAAAUGUGCAAGACUUUUGGUGAAUCAAGCCUACCCAACUCAUGAAUUCGGAGCAGCCAGUGAUCAUGGAAGAAGCACGUUGUCCAUGUCGAAAAAUUACAGCGGUGGUGGAGGAAAUAUCGGAUUCCGUAGGGCAACACCGCCCCCCACUUCUCAGUCGUGUCACUCCUUUCGUCGUCUCUCCAGACAUGACGCCGUCGCUCCGACCACCGCCGUCUCAUCUUCUUCCUCCUUCAAGAAAGGCAGCCUUCGAACCAUUCGGGAUGAAGACAUCCAAGCCAAAUCUGAUCGACCCUUGGCGUUGUCAAAGGUGGACGAAGUAAAAAUGGUCAACAUGAAACAUUAAAUGGAUGAACUCUCAUUAAAAUAAUGACUCCCAGUUCUGAUUUCCCACAGUCAACAGUCAUACCAACGAUCGCAAUUAUUUGCCAAAUUCAGCAGUAACGAAACAAAUCUACUACUCCUACUGCAAUAUAUUAUAUUAUACAUUCAAUUCAAUACACGGUUCAGUAUUAUUAGCCUUGAUUAUACAUAAAUACAUGCACAAUUUCUCCAAGGUGCAGUAUGAUCUAUAGAUAGUCAGCAAUAGAGUGCUUAUAUAGGUUGAAAAUGAAAGGAUUCAAUAAUUCUGUAAUAAUUCCUUAGGGAGGGGACAAACACAUGGAAAUAGUUACCUUGAACAAUGUCGACGUCAAGUUUGGUUAAUAAUAACUCGUCAAAUAUUAAUUUGCUAAUAAUGGUAAAUACAUGUAAAAUGUAUUAAUAGAGUAUGUUAAAAGACUCAAUGCCACACUGACCGUAUUUCACGUAUCGUGGUACAUAGCAGGAUGAGAUGACUGAUUGCUUCCCACCCUUUCAAGACGUAUGUACCAGAGUUAUAUUGAAAUGAGAUGGUGAAUAAUUUAGAACGAAAUUGUUUAUCAUUUUCGAUCAUUCCUUAUCAGUCUUCUUCGCUCAAGGUUUGUUUGCAAAAUAUUCAGUCAGUCCACCUUCCUUCCCGACAUUAACAAAUGAAAUGCGUGCAAGUCACAGCAAUCCACGGGCAACAAUGAGGCAGCACAAUGCUGAGCUCCUCCAAAGAUUUGAAAACGUUGUGUCCUUUAAGUAUGGAAAGGUCAAUUCUAGAAGCUCAGUCAGGUUGCAACUUUCUCCUUAGUGAACACUGCAACUCAACUCGUACCAUUUUUCUGGUACGAGUAUAGACGGCACAGCAUACUGCCGUAUCAAGAAGACGACAAAAUGUUCCUGCACAUAUACCGUCUCAAUAUGUCGAUCGACUUUCUUUCUUUUCAACUACGAACAAAACUUUCUUUUCAUUAAUCUUUUUCUUGACAUGCUUUUGUAUUCAAUCGAGUGAUUUGUUCCACGUCAGAAAAGGAAUAAACUACCUGUGUGUAGUGUGGAUCAUAAAAAUGUUAUCUAGGUUUUAUUUACGCAAACCUAGUACCCAAAAUAAAAUGUAUAAUGCAAUACAUAGCUUUCAUACUUAGAUUAUAAAUUAUACAUAGAUUAGGUGAAUGGGUUCCAGAUAGAAAACAAAUUCCUAUACCUACUCCCCGUUUAAAGUAGUCAAUAAUGCAUUGCAUACGUUAAAGUCCAAACAAUUUUACAAGCGACGUGUAUAUCUAGUGUUGUUUAGAGAAUUGGUAUAGUUUAUUUACAUAUUUGUUCAUGAUAGUGGUCAUGUUAAGAAAGAUGGGGAGACUAUUUCUUUGGUAUGUAAAACACUUUGUUUGUGAUGAGCCUUGUGCCAAGGUCAUGAUUUAUAGAGAGAUCUCGUACAACAGUGAUUGUAAUUGGUAAAUUUUGAGAUUUGUAAGUACCGAAUGACAUGCCACAAUUUGUGCGAAAUAAAUUAGAAAACUAGUUUAUACUAAAAUAGUACCAGAUAUGUAUGUAUUACGUAAUGUAGGAAUUGGCGAUGUUGCCGACCAGUCAGUAUGAGGGACAUAUUUUGCUAAAAAUAUGAAUGUCACCAUCCGAACUCGAAGCCGGAACCUCUUGAGUCUCAAUCGCUGUACGGUUGGACUACGAGGACAUUGCUGUUGCCUUCUACUAACUGGUCUCCUACUCCUAUUAUUUCUCCCACAGUAAGCAAAUAUCUGUGAACCAAAACAUGUAAUUUUAAUAGAGAAACAAUUAAUAAAUGCGAAAGCUGUUACUGCAAGUGUA